AAACCUCCGCCGCUGCAUAGGAGUCAUACCAAGCAUAGCCUGCGUGUCAGUGCAGUCGACUUACAGCUGGCUGUGAGGAGAACUGUCGCUACUUUUAUUUUCCCCCCUUUUAUUUUCUGUUUUUAUUAUUUAUUUUUUUUAUCGCCGCUUUACAUGAGCUUACAAUUGAAGAAGUAUCAUUGAAACAACUACAAGACCACUUCCGGUGGGUUUUUAUUUUGUAUAGUCUUUCAGAAAACAAAGUUGGAGGCUGGGCCUUUAGCUUCUUUGACCGUCGCUUCGGAGAAGGAGAGAGAGAGAGAAAAAAAGAACACGGUUCUUGAAGUUCUUCACUUUCAAUUUUUGGCCCCUUUAAAAUCCAGCUCGAUAAAUGCUACUAACGAAGAUGGACCUGUUGAACUACCAGUACCUGGACAAAAUGAACAACAACAUCGGCAUACUGUGCUACGAAGGUGAAGCCGCUUUGAGGGGGGAUCACAGAAUCCAGUCUUUGUCCCUGUCUUCAUCUUCCUCCUCAUCCUCCUCAUCUUCCUCGUCUUCCUCAAUCUCCAGCCACAGGACUGGCCCUCCUCCUAUCAGCCCCACCAAGAGGAAGCUGAGUGGGGACCAGGUAGACAGUGACAUGGACGACAAUGAGCACGUGGCAAAGAUGAGCCGACUGUUCGCUGCAAAACUAAAUCCUAAUGGAGAUUACCGGAACUCCUCUGUUACCAGGGAUCCUAGUCGGAGCCCCACAAUGCCCAACGCUCUGGGAGUCCAUGGCAACCACCUGUAUAGCCACACCCACUACCACCACCUGGCGAGCUUGGGCGGCAUGGACCAGCCCCUGGCACUUACAAAAAACAGCAUGGUGGAGCCGGCGCGCAGCAGCACAGCAGCAGCGAGCGCAGUGGCGCAUUCGGUCAGCGCCGUGGAGCGCCAGCAGAAUCGGCCCUCGGUGAUCACAUGUGCUCCAGCCAACAAUCGCAACUGCAACCUGUCACAUUGUCCAGGCACCUACAACAAAUGCUCCAACCUCACAAACAACUACAGAAGACAAAACACCAACACAGCCUGUGACCCCGUGAUUGAGGAGCACUUCCGUCGCAGCCUCGGGAAGAACUACAAGGAACCGGAACCCACCGCCACCAACACGGUGUCCAUCACGGGCUCGGUGGACGACCAUUUUGCCAAGGCGCUCGGCGAAACCUGGCUACAGAUCAAAAACAAGGGGAGCCCUUCAUCGACCAGCAGCAGCCCAAACUCCUCCCCUGAUAGCCGCAUGGUCAACCACAACCACUCGCCUUCUCUCGUCUCGUGAAGGGGCGCUGGACUUUUCCCACAAUUCCCCCAGCACACACACCAUCACACCCGCUCCAUCAUCCGCAGCGCUUCCUCUGGCCUGCUGUGACACCAGAGGGAACGCCGGCCUGCUGGUCUGCUGGACGCGGCCCCAAAUCCUUCAACCUGCUCGCUCGCUGUGGACUCACCGACGAUCAGUCAAGCAAUAAAGACACGCCUUCCUGGACUGAACCGAACCAUCAUCUUCCGCCUUCCAGUCACUCACCACCCCUGCAUGUGGAGCUCGAAGCUGACCAGGAGUCUGUAGUUAUUUGUACAUACGCAGAGAGAGGGAAGACGGUGUCUCACCUGUCCGCUUUUUCACCUUUUUUCUUUUCUUUACUUUGAGGUUUUACUGUAGCUGUAGUUCUGUGUACUGACCUGAGCAUUUGGGGCUACAGCCGACAUUUGAGAGAAACAGUUCCUAGAAAACAAUCCCAAACCACCUAACCGUGCUACCAAAGAAACAUCACCCGCUUCAAACACACUAACAGCACAAAGCCAUUCGUUAGCCUCCUUUCAGCCCCCAUUCCUGUCCCGUGGAACCGCCCAUGUCGCCAUCGUCUGUUGGAGAGCGACUCGGCCCCAUUUGCACUAUUGCUGAAGAACUUCUGAACACACUGGUUCUGAUGAUCCAAUCAGAUACCGAGUCCUUUCUAGUUUAUUCCCCAUGAGCCUUCCUUCAAUGGACUUGGAGGAAUAUGUGGCCCCAGCUCAGGUACCAUGUCUUUCCAUAAUUUAUUAUAAACAUUUUAGAAAAACAUUCACACUUUCGAGAAUAGACUAUUAUGAUUUCCUUUUUUUUUUUUGGAGUAUGACAUAUUUAGUCACCUGCUAUAAAACAAUCGAAACAAUCGCAGCAGAGACACUUAUGGGCUGUUUAAAGAGGAAGAAAUAAAACUCACUUUUCCACAUGAAAAUAGAAAUAUUUUGGGAAUAACAGCGGCAAAAUAAAAGCCUCUGCUGCCCAAGGCUUUAGUCAUAUGUGAGAAAAAUCCAGUCAGCAGUUUGGAGAUGGUUCUUCUUCAGCUUCUAAACAGCAAAACAUGUGGCACUGGAAGAAGUGACCCAAGGGUUAUCGGGUUAAAACAUUUCAUGCUGGAAUAAGGACAGGAUGAAGGUCUGAUUCCAGGGGAAAGGAGAUUAUUCAGAGCUCUUAAAAGCCUUUUUUUUGGUUGUUUUUGUGACGACUCCUUUAACACUAUUUGACCCCCCCCCCCAAAAAAAAACAAAACAAGAAAAGGUAUGAAAGAUUUCUACAAGGGUUUUAAGGGUAAAUUAAUGCUUUUAUAAACGCAUGUUGUUUUUCUUUAAUAGCUGGUAUCUAUUAGCAUUUUUAGCAUUUCAAACGUAUUAGCCUUUUUAUUCAGAUGUUAAUUUCUCUUCUCAGUAACAGAUGUAGAAACUAUACACUCACUGCUGGGUCAGUUGUACUCAAUAUUAUUAAUGGUAUUGCUAUUAUUCCAGUUUUGUACCUUUUUAUUAUUUUCUAUUAAUAUCCGUGUAUUACCAAGCGUGUGUCGAUGGCACAGCCUCUGGACAGGCUCUGUUUCAUGAUGUCAGCGGGGUGACAGGUUCCACGCUACGAGAUGUUGAUCCAUCAGAGGUACAGGCCGCUCCAGCACGCCGCACGACUGAGCUGAGACGCCGAGAUGACGCCCAUUUGUCGCUUGGCCUAUUUUUUUAUUGUUAUUUUUCAACAACACCGCCGCUACCCGAACUAGAUGUAGCCUGUUGGCUUUUCCUUUAGUACCGACAGCCUAAAACUAUCAGACAAUCUUGCAGGCGAGGAGUCUUUUGGGGAGGGUUAGGUGUUGUUAGGCAAAGGAGGAAGUCUACAUCGCAUCGUCAGGCAUCUUGACAACGAUUUGACAGUGUCUUAAAAUUGUCCAGAAAAAGGAGGGGCUUAGGUCUGUUGGCAGAGGGGAUGCGGUGGGGUCAAAUCAGGAUCAGCUAAACGUACGAAAAAGCAGAUUGUAAAGUUCGAAACGGGGAAAGUCCACAUUGGAAACAAUUGAGAUUCGAUCAGUAAAAUAGUAAAUCUGAAAGGAAAAAUAUUUUAAACUUGAAAGAAAUAUAGAAAAAUUGAAGUAGAAAAAAAACUCAACCUGAGCCGAUCCUGAUUUGACGCUAGCAGACUAGAAGGUAGACGGAUUAUUAGUCGUAAAUUCAUGUCCCAGCUCUGUCGGCUUUGGUGUCUAGACCAUAUUUUCUUCAUUUCAAAAGAACGCACUCCGCAGUUCAAACCAAUCACUGCUUUAUCCCUUACUACCUUGUGGGGUCUAGAUGACCCCCCCCUUACAUUGACGUGUUAUCCCUACCAUGACAAAGGUGAAGAGGAUCUCAUGUAAUCCAUAGACACCAGUGAAGAUCACAAAUCAUUGAAUAAUAAAAGGUUCAGCGCACUGUCUAGUGGGGUCAUCUGGACCCCACAAGAUAGCACAAGGGUUAGUGCACAAACACCUACAGGGUGCCACACAUUCCGUCAGAGGGGGACUAUGACAGAUCCGGAUGAGAAGGGCUAACGCUGUUUGUUCCCGAGUUUCCUCUCAGAAGUGUGUGCGAGCCGGUUUCAUGGAACAUUCUGGCAAAACCUGCAUAGGAACAGUUUAGUCACACGCCGAGUCUCGUUUGUUUAAGAGCAAGCCUUCUAGCAGCAGCGGUGCGUAUCUAAGGACACUGGGCUCAAGCCUAACAUUUGACGAGGUUUUUGUUGAUUUUGGGUGUUUUAAUCAAGUGUUGUGAGCCAGCAGAGUUUAUUACAUAGAAAGUGUUUUCAGUUUAAAAAAAUUAAAAAAAGAAGAAAAGUUCACACAUUCCAUCAUCAGCUCACUCAGAAGUCACAGAACUGGAAAGCGUCAGAGGGGACAAAAGUCCCCUAAAAAGAAAAGAAAACCUCUUCAGUUGUAGAGGAAGAAAUCGAGGCGUGGCGUUUUAGGGUGGAGCGGCUGAGCUGUGAGUCUUCUAGGUAGUCUUACUUCCAGCUGUGGCUUCCCAACGCAGCAGGUCCAAAACGUCAAGCUUCAAAUGAGGAUGUUUCCAUUUCACCUCCACCCUAAAGGUAGCAGGCAGGCAGGCAGGCAGGCAGGCAGGCAGGCAGGCAGGCAGGCAGGCAGGCAGGCGCUCUCUCUGCUUCGGCACACACUGUAGGAAAAUCACUUCAGAAAAAUCAAGGUUUUCUUUUUCUAAUAGGUAACUAUAAGACCAUCAUUACGCUGUGCGUAAUGAGUGUACAAAGGAAAAAAUAAUGUAGGUAUUUUUUGAGGAUUGGUUAAUUUGUUAAUGAUAUGUAGCUAUUUAAUUGUUGUUGUUCCUCCCCCUCCCCCCUGUCCUAUUUUAAUCAUUGUAUUUUCUUUUGUGGAAAAAAAAAAAAAAGUUGAUCUUUUUGUUGUAGUUUAUUAGUUUCAAGUGCAGGAACACGGUAAAUGUUUGAAACCACAACCAGCGACAGGGGGGGAUGGGGGGGGGGGGGUUCUGUGACGUCUGCCACUUUCCCUGAAUCCUCCUCGCUCUGUCGGCCGAUCAAACUCCGAACAAAAGAGCCUCCUGAGCAACGGGAACGGUUCACACCGGCGUAACAAUUUCCGCAUGGAAAGAUAAUCCGAUCAAAACCAGCGUUUGCCAUGGACUACGUGGAAACUUGUGCCCUGCAAGUAGGCAGCGGUAAUCGACAUGUAGCUUAAUCGAAGCAGCAGAGAACCUGCUGCUUCAGUUUUAUCUGGAAUGGAGCUGAACAGAUAAUCAAAGAGGAGUUGAUCUUUACUCUGACAGCGACACGUUCUCCACUUUCGUAUGGAAGUUUGUAGGGCACUAAGACUAAACUGUAAGGAUGUAUUUAAUCAAGAAACUGCAGUUUUUGUUUUUCGGUUUUUCUUUUUUGGCUCUGUGUCUCCUAAAAGGGUUUUGGCAGGCCACCUUUUUUUUGUACUUAAAGUAGCCUUGAUGAACAAUAAAGUGCUUUUAAAUCACU